AUGCACAGAGCCACAUUUCAAAUUUUUGCGGACCCCUUCUCCGUUGAUGUGCAAGAUGCCCCUCCUGUGCUUCAAAUGGAGCUCAUUGACCUGCAGUGCAACUCUGAACUCAAAGCCAAGUUCAGGGAGGAAUUGUUGUCUGAUGUCAGAAGAAAAACCAUCCCAGUAUGGCUGAAAAUAAAAACCCAGUAUGGCAGCAUUUUACGGACACAGGAGCCAGCUACAAGUAAGGUGAUCUGCAAGCUCUGUAAGGUACAUGUGAGCUUGGGAUCUGCAAAGAGCAAACAUAAAAACACCACAAACCUCUGGAAUCACCUGAGAGUACAUCAUCUCCAGGCUUACAAUGAUGCUCAGCAACAAAAAGCUCCAGCAGCUGCAGUGUCUACAUCCACUUCCCAACCUCAUCAGCCAACCGUAACAGAUAUGUUUGAUGCCCAUCGGAAAUGGCAAAAUUCAGACACCAGAUCAAAGAAAAUAGACACAUUAAUAACAGAAAUGAUUGCCACAGACAAUCUGCCAUUCGCUUGUGUUUCAUGUGUUGGAUUCCAGAGGCUGGUGGCUGCAAUGGAGCCCAGGUACAAAUUAAAAUCGGAGAAGCACUACCGCACCGACAUGCUUGAGGACAUAGUUGGAAAAGUGGAGAGAAAAGUCAAAGCACUAAUUUCAGAGGAGGCUGGCCCUUUUUUAUCCUUCACUACAGACUGUUGGUCUGGGGACACUGAGGCUCUCAUGAGUCUAACAUGCCAUUUAAUUGACCACAACUGGGACAGGAAGCAAGUCCUCCUAAAUGCAAAAACAAUGUUAGGCUCCCACACAGGGGAGUAUAUUGGUGACAUGUUCAUCAGUCUGCUGGAGCACUGGGACAUCAGCCAUGACAGGGUUGUACUUGUUCUCCGUGACAGUGGGGCAAACAUGGUCAAAGGUCUCAGACUGGCGGAAAUACCUGAUCUCAGCUGCAGCGCACACACCAUACAGCUUGUGGUGAAUGAUGGCAUCAACAGUCAGCGAGUAGUGCUGGACAUUAAUGCCAAAUUAAAGAACAUCGCCAAACAUUUCAACCACUCUGUUCUUGCAAAGCAGAAGCUUAAAAAAAUUCAACAAGAACUUGGCCUACCAGAGCACAGCAUCCUCCAGUCUGAACCCACUCGCUGGAACUCCACGCUUCAUAUGAUGCAGAGAAUGGUGGAGCAGAAGAGAGCUCUGAACAACUACGCUCGAGAGUAUGGAAAAAUUGCCACUCUAUCCCCUGAUCAAUGGGACAUAGCUUCCAAUUUAAUUGAUACAUUGGAGCCUAUGGAGGAAGUCACCCUUGAGGUGAGCAAGUCAGAGGCUUCCAUCUCCUGCGUCAUUCCGAGCAUUGCUGUGCUGAAGAUGAUUCUUCAGACAGAGGGGCCAAACACAAUUGGGAUCAAAACUCUGCGAGAGUCAAUGCUGCAAAGCUUACAGAGAAGAUUCCAAAAGAUGGAGGACACACAAUGUCUAGUGCUCGCAACACUCCUGGACCCUCGCUAUAAGGGCCAUGUCUUUUCAGAGGGCACACUUGAUAAAGCAAAAAGGUGGAUAAAGGAGGAGCAUGCUGUUGUGUCUGAACAGCUGAAGAUGGCCACAAGUGCAGAAGAAGGACUACACUCGAAACAGAGAAGGGUGGAAGUUGAGGAAGUACCUGGUCCCUCCAGUGUCAUUGACCAAAUGUAUGCCAACAUCUUGGGACCUCAUGGAUCUCCUACUCAGGAGAGUGAUGAAGACCACCUUAUAUCUGACCAGCUGCAGCACUACCUCCAGGAGCCAGUGAUAAAUAGGCAGACUGGUAAACCGCUAGAAUGGUGGAAGCAAAAUGCAUCCCGUCUACACCUUCUUGCACCACUAGCAAGAAAAUUCCUUUGUCCACCCCCUUCCUCAGUUCCCAGCGAGAGGGUGUUUAGUGAGAUUGGGAACAUUUAUGACAAGAAGAGGAGCAACCUCAAGGGCGAACAUGCCGAACAGUUGUGUUUCCUACAUGACAACCUCCGUUUCUUGAACUGGCAGUAUUGA